AUGGCGGUUGCGGAAUGGGUUAACGGCGUUUCCUACUAUGACUAUCCGCACAUUUUUCUGGUUGCGCUCGAUGUUCAAUCUCCGUUUUUUGGAGGAGGUCUUGCAGGAAGUGUUGCUGAGAACUGGCAGCUUUGCAGUGCGCACGUAGUACGUCAAGUAGAUCAGGUGAUGUUGGACUCCAUCGAGAGCGUACCCUUUGAUAUAAAACUCUUCACUGAGGAUGCUAGCGCUUCAGAAGGUUUGAUGCCGGCAGAGUGCUGUGUUUGCUGCGAGCGCUUUGGUCGCGAGAAGGUCAUCAAGCGAACACCCUGCAAUCACGUUUUCCAUGAGGAUUGCUUGGCAAGAUGGCUGAAGGUCACAGACUCCUGUCCAGUUUGUCGAAAGUCCAUGCGGAAGGUUGAAGACCCAGAGUGGGGACCAUCAGAAGAGUGUGCCCCAACCAGUCCAACUUCCCCUGCAAGUGACGGAGAAUCGUUCGAGAAUACCUGA